UUCAGCUGGUCGCUUGUGGAUUGCAGUUGUUUAAUCAAAAAAAUAUAAUAUAUAAAUUAAUAUUUGAAGGGCAACAAUGUCGGAGGGUGAAUCAAAAUUUGGUUUCAAGGAUAUGGAGAAGGCGUUGGAGACACUCCAGCUGCUGGAGAGCCAUGACAUGCAAUACCGUAAACUCACCGUGCGCGGACUUUUGGGACGCGCCAAACGAGUCCUCACCAUGACCAAGGCGGCGGAGAAGGUGAAGAAUAUCAAUGACGCUAUCGGUGUGUUCGAGAAAUGGCUGGAGGAGAAUGGCGGCGGUGCGUCCAGCAAGAAUGCAAAGACUGACAACGAAGAUAAGGUAGAGACUGUGCCUGGUCUGGGAUUUAAGGACAAGGCGGCGGCACAGGCUACUUUGAGCAUCUUGGCAGAGCGCGAUCCAGAUUAUCAGAGGCUGGCGAUCAAGGGCCUUAUUGGCAGCUCGAAGCGAGUGCUCUCUGGCACCAAAAAUGAGGAUAAAAUCAAUGCAAUCAAUGAGGGUGUCCAGGUGCUUGAAGAAUUUCUCGAAAAAUUCGAAGCGGAGAAUCGCAUCAAGGAUAAUCGCGCAUAUUUGGCACAUGCUGUGAUAGCCAAGCUGCCUGAGCCCAAGGAGGAACUGGCAGCUGAGUUCCUGGCCGCCUAUGGUGGCUCCAAGGCCAAGGGCAACUAUAAGCAUCUGCGUACCAUGACACCAAAGGACGAGACUACGAGCUGGGAUAUUAUACGCAAUCGUCAAAUUGCCAAGCUGUUGGAUCAAAUCAAGAGCGAGGAUGCCAAGCUGUUCGAUCAGGACACAGGUGCGCCCAGUGAGCUACACUUACGCCUCAUACAUUGGGCUUACAGUCCGCAGCCGGAGAAGGUGAAGAGUUAUGUGGAUAAGCUGGCCAAGAAGACACCUGAGAAACGUAAACUGGAGAGCGGCAGCAGCAGUGACGAUGAUAAAUCCAGUAGCGACUCGGAAUCAGACUCGGAAUCCGUGCCGAAAAAGAAAAAGAAGGCAGAGUAAGAAACUAAGGACUUUUGUGUAACGAACAGAAAACGGUAUAUACUUUAUUUAAAUACGUUAACUCAACCUCAACGCGAUUACAUUUACGUGGUGGACAAUUUGUUUAUGUAUAUGUUUAUGCAAGUAUGUAUGUUUAUAUCUGAUAAGGCCUCGCUUAGAUGAGCUAUACAUCUAUCGCUAGCCAUCUAAUAACCAAAUAUAAGAAUUAUUAAUAUAAAGUCUGCUGCCAGUCCACAGUUCACACCAAUUUACCAUGAGCGUUUUAAAUAUGAAUUUGAUCUAACGGUUGUGGAGUUGCUUGUGAUCGACAGUCGAUAGGUUCGCACUUUUUGUGGUGGCAUGCCGAUUAUAACUUUAGUUAACAUGCCAUCGAUUAUUUUUCUUAAAUCAUCGAUUUGGUCGACUAUCAGAAACUAAAAUAAAAUGUUGGUUAUCUUUUAAACUCUUGUUUGAAAUAAAUAAAUUUGAUGAAUCAAUUGUCGCAAGUCA